AUGGCCGGGGGCGCGGGCCAGGCUGAGCUGGGGGAGGCGGGCUGGCGGGGGCUGCCCCCGAGCUGCUGUUCCGGCGGGCGGUUGGGCCGAGGGCGGGAGAGGGCCCUCCGGCGGGCUGGCUGCGGGGAGGGGGCUCCGGGAGGGGGACCGAGGCCGAGCUGGCGGCGGAGCCGGAGCUGGGAAGAGGGAGAGGGCGGCGGCGGAGGAGGACCCAGGAAUCUAAAUCGGAAGCGAAGGUCCCCACACCGGUUCCGAACCCCUGCCCCCCUUCCUCCCUGUUUAUUUGCAGCCCCCCUCCCUUGUCCGGAGGGAAGCCAGAGGCUGGGAGCUGGGGUAGGGGGCGGCCCCUCCCCCAGCCCUGGCAGGAGGAGGGGUCCCCAGGGAGGCCAGGAGGGGGGGCUGUGGGUCUCCGGCAGGGACGGACGGGGACUGAAUGUUAAUCGCAUCCCGACUGAGUGUGUGUGCGGGAGCCGUGAGUGUGCGAGUCCCUCCCGCUCCCGCUCCGGCUCCUCCAAGCCACGGCCGCAGCCGCCACCCUCCGCCCGCGGCCUCCCGGCCACCAGCGCCCAGCUGGGGGUGUCGGCCUGGGAGGGUCCGCCCGGCCCCCAGGGGUCUCCCGCGCGGCUGCCAUCUGCCCGCGCAACAUGUGUAGCCUCGUCCUCGCCUAGUCCGGGUGGCCGCAACCUUGGGGGACAGACAGGGCAGGUCAGGACCAAGGAAGAGGGAGAGACGGCCGGGGACAGGCGAGAGGUCCCUGCCGCUGCUGCCGGCGCGCCAGCACCGCUGCCUCCUGCCACCGCCCCGGGGCCUGGCCCCCCCACCGGCUCCCCGAGCCCUCCGCAGCAUCUUCGGGUCCCUGGACACCGGGUUCCGGUCCUGGCCCCCCUGAAAUCCCCCCUACAGAACGGGGUCAUGAAAAGGGGCCGCCCGGCGGGGGCCGCAGGCGAUGCGCCGCGCCGGGGGCCGCGCAGCCUCGUGCUGCAGCUCUGCGACCUGCUGUCGGGGCUGCGCGUGCACGGCGUCGUCUUCGAGGAUGACUCGCGCGCGCCCGCCGUCGCGCCCAUCCUCGACUUCCUGUCCGCCCAGACCUCGCUGCCCAUCGUGGCCGUGCACGGCGGCGCCGCGCUCGUGCUCACGCCCAAGGAGAAGGGCUCCACCUUCCUGCAGCUGGGCUCCUCCACCGAGCAGCAGCUUCAGGUCAUCUUCGAGGUGCUGGAGGAGUACGACUGGACAUCCUUCGUGGCGGUGACCACGCGUGCCCCCGGCCACCGCGCCUUCCUGUCCUACAUCGAGGUGCUGACCGACGGCAGCCUGGUGGGCUGGGAGCACCGCGGGGCUCUGACGCUGGACCCGGGCGCGGGCGAGGCGGUGCUGGGCGCGCAGCUCCGCAGCGUCAGUGCGCAGAUCCGCCUGCUCUUCUGUGCGCGCGAGGAGGCCGAGCCCGUGUUCCGGGCCGCCGAGGAGGCCGGCCUCACCGGGCCUGGCUACGUGUGGUUCAUGGUGGGCCCCCAGCUGGCCGGAGGCGGGGGCUCCGGGGCCCCCGGAGAGCCCCUUCUUCUGCCAGGAGGAGCCCCACUGCCCGCAGGGCUGUUUGCAGUGCGCUCGGCGGGCUGGCGGGACGACUUGGCCCGGCGUGUGGCAGCUGGGGUGGCUGUGGUCGCCAGAGGCGCGCAGGCCCUGCUGCGGGACUACGGCUUCCUGCCCGAGCUGGGCCACGACUGCCGCGCCCAGAACCGCACCCACCGCGGGGAGAGUCUGCACCGGUACUUCUCGAACAUCACCUGGGAUAACCGGGACUACUCCUUCAAUGAGGACGGCUUCCUGGUGAACCCGUCCCUGGUGGUCAUUUCCCUCACCAGAGACAGGACCUGGGAGGUGGUGGGCAGCUGGGAGCAGCAGACCCUCCGCCUCAAGUACCCGCUGUGGUCCCGCUACGGCCGCUUCCUGCAGCCUGUGGACGACACGCAGCACCUCACGGUGGCCACGCUGGAGGAGAGGCCCUUUGUGAUCGUGGAGCCUGCCGACCCCGUCAGUGGCACCUGCAUCCGCGAUUCGGUCCCCUGCCGGAGCCAGCUCAACCGAACCCACAGCCCUCCCCCGGACGCCCCCCGCCCGGAAAAGCGGUGCUGCAAGGGCUUCUGCAUCGACAUUCUGAAGAGACUGGCGCACACCAUCGGCUUCAGCUACGACCUCUAUCUGGUCACAAACGGCAAACACGGGAAGAAGAUCGACGGCGUCUGGAACGGCAUGAUUGGGGAGGUGUUCUACCAGCGCGCAGACAUGGCCAUUGGCUCCCUCACCAUCAACGAGGAGCGGUCUGAGAUCGUGGACUUCUCCGUGCCCUUCGUGGAGACCGGCAUCAGCGUCAUGGUGGCCCGCAGCAAUGGCACCGUGUCCCCGUCCGCCUUCCUCGAGCCCUACAGCCCCGCUGUGUGGGUGAUGAUGUUUGUCAUGUGCCUCACCGUGGUUGCUGUCACCGUUUUCAUCUUCGAGUACCUCAGUCCCGUGGGCUACAACCGCAGCCUGGCCACGGGCAAGCGCCCUGGCGGCUCAACAUUCACCAUUGGGAAAUCCAUCUGGCUGCUCUGGGCCCUGGUGUUCAAUAACUCGGUGCCUGUGGAGAACCCCCGGGGAACCACCAGCAAAAUCAUGGUGCUGGUGUGGGCCUUCUUCGCCGUCAUCUUCCUUGCCAGCUACACAGCCAACCUGGCUGCCUUCAUGAUCCAGGAGGAGUACGUGGACACCGUGUCUGGGCUCAGUGACCGCAAGUUCCAGCGGCCCCAGGAGCAGUACCCGCCCCUGAAGUUUGGGACAGUGCCCAACGGGUCCACGGAGAAGAACAUCCGCAGCAACUACCCUGACAUGCACAGCUAUAUGGUGCGCUACAACCAGCCCCGCGUGGAGGAGGCGCUCACUCAGCUCAAGGCAGGGAAGCUGGAUGCCUUCAUCUACGACGCCGCCGUGCUCAACUACAUGGCCCGCAAGGACGAGGGCUGCAAGCUGGUCACCAUCGGCUCCGGCAAGGUCUUCGCCACCACGGGCUAUGGCAUCGCUCUGCACAAGGGCUCCCGCUGGAAGCGGCCCAUCGACCUGGCACUACUGCAGUUCCUGGGGGACGAUGAGAUCGAGAUGCUGGAGCGGCUGUGGCUCUCCGGGAUCUGCCACAACGACAAGAUCGAGGUGAUGAGCAGCAAGCUGGACAUCGACAACAUGGCCGGUGUUUUCUACAUGCUGCUGGUGGCCAUGGGCCUCUCCCUGCUGGUCUUCGCCUGGGAGCACCUGGUGUACUGGCGCCUGCGGCACUGCCUGGGGCCCACGCACCGCAUGGACUUCCUGCUGGCCUUCUCCAGGGGCAUGUACAGCUGCUGCAGCGC